CUAGAGCAUGUCCUUGCCCGAGAAUCCGUACCCCACGGCUGGGGAGCAGCCGGGAGCUGGGCUGCACUUGCGGGCGACCGGAGGCGCGCUGCUGCUUUGCGGGCUGACGGUACUGCUGGGCUGGGUCUGGCUGCGGCGGCAGCGCGCAUGCGGCAUCCCUCCGGGGCCCGCACCCCGGCCACUCGUGGGGAACAUCGGGCACUUGCUGGUGCCCCGCUUCCUGCGGCUGCAGUUCUGGCUGGGCGCGGGCGGCCAGAAGGACACGGACACCGUGGCCACGCACGUGCGCCUGGCCAAGCUGGCCGGCGUCUACGGCAACAUCUUCAGCUUAUUCAUCGGCCACCGCCUGGUGGUGGUCCUCAGCGACUUCCACAGCGUGCGCGAGGCGCUAGUGCAGCAGGCUGAAGUGUUCAGUGACCGUCCGCGGAUGCCACUCAUCUCCAUCAUGACCAAGGAGAAGGGAAUUGUGUUUGCACACUAUGGUGCGAUCUGGAAACAACAGAGGAAGUUCUCCCAUUCCACGCUUCGUCACUUCGGUCUGGGAAAGCUUAGCCUGGAACCCAAGAUUAUCGAGGAGUUCCAGUAUGUGAAAGAGGAAAUGCAAAAACACGGAGACGCCCCCUUCAGCCCUUUCCCCAUCAUCAGCAACGCCGUCUCCAACAUCAUCUGUUCCCUGUGCUUCGGCCAACGCUUCGAUUACACGAACAAGGAGUUUAAAAAGGUGCUGGACUUCAUGUCUCGAGGGUUAGAAAUCUGCUUGCACAGCCAGCUCUUCCUGAUCAACAUAUGCUCCUGGUUUUACUACCUUCCCUUUGGGCCGUGCAAGGAGCUGAGGCAGAUUGAAAGGGACAUAACCUGCUUCCUCAAAAACAUCAUCAAAGAGCAUCAGGAGUCUCUGGACGCCAGCAGCCCUCAGGACUUCAUAGACAUGUACCUUCUGCACGUGGCGGAGGAGAGGAGCAGCAGCAGCGGCUCCAGCUUCAGCGAGGACUACCUGUUCUACAUCAUCGGGGACCUGUUCAUUGCCGGCACUGACACCACCACCAACUCUUUGCUUUGGUGCCUGCUGUACAUGUCCCUGAACCCUGACGUGCAAAAAAAGGUUCAUGAAGAAAUUGAAAGGGUCAUUGGUUGUGACCGGGUUCCUUCCCUCAAGGACAAGGCCCAGAUGCCAUACACAGAAGCCACCAUCAUGGAGGUGCAGAGACUAUCCAUGGCAGUACCACUUGCCAUUCCUCAUAUGACUUCGGAGAAAACAGUCCUGCAAGGGUACACAAUUCCUAAGGGCACCGUGGUCAUUGCCAACUUGUGGUCCAUACACAGGGACCCCGCCAUUUGGGAGAAGCCAGAUGACUUCUGUCCUGAUCGGUUUCUGGAUGACCAGGGACAACUUUUGAAAAGAGAAACUUUUAUUCCUUUUGGGAUAGGGAAGCGGGUGUGUAUGGGAGAGCAGCUGGCAAAGAUGGAAUUAUUCCUGAUGUUUGUGAGCCUGAUGCAGAGCUUCACCUUCGCUUUGCCUGAGGGUUCCGAGAAGCCCAUCAUGACUGGAAGAUUUGGUCUCACGUUAGCCCCACAUCCGUUUAAUGUAACUGUCUCAAAGAGAUGAAGAUGCCGCUGGGGGG